AUGAACACCACAAUUGCACCCAUCGGCCCUUCGUUUGUAGAUAUGCGGGGCGUGGUGGUGAAUCCGGGGAAGAGGCAGAUGUGGGUGAGCUUUAUGUCGGCCUUUGGCAAGGACAUGAGUGCUUCUGCCGUGGUGGCGAGGCUUCGCUUGUCCUUGAGGCUCAAGCGCAAGUGGCGGCCGUUUCAAGUGUUUCUGGAGCGGUUCAAAGUGGUGGGGGUGGGCGGAGGGAACAGUCUCAUUCAACCCACGAUCGCUCUCAACAGGUGGGAGAGAGGGGGGACGGAAGGGGCGGAUGGGAAAGAGGGGAGAGAGGGAUCUGAUAAAGCAGGGAAAGAGGAGAGGAGAGGAGAAUGUUACCCUUACCGUGCCCUUACGGGCAUCAUAGCAGCGUCACUAGCAGGGCGUUCCUUCUACCCCUCAGCUGCCUAUGCCACUCUCAACGCCAAUGUGGAUGUCGGCCGCGUGGUCGUUACCGGCCCGGGGAAAGCGCCUCUCGACGACUUCACUGGGUACCGUGGUGCAACGGAGAUGCGAUAUGGUGACUACAUGACGGCAACGAUGGACGAGGAGGGCAACGCGUGGGCGGCAGUGCACGGGGGAAAUGGGGAUAACGGGGGGAGUGGUGAUAGCGGGGGGAAUGGGGACAAUGGAGGAAAUGGGGAUCACGAGGGGAAGUAG